AUCGACUGCACACCUAACUUUGCAACGUCCGACAAGAUUGAAUGUAAGUUUCAUUUGAGAAACAACGGCCAACAAGACUAUUCAGUGCUGAAAUGGCGUACACCGUUGGAUGGACUGAGAUCGAAUUGCUUGACAGUCACUUCCAAUGGCAAGAAGCUACAAUACGAUGGUAUUUACCUGAAGCGCUCCGCUCCAGGCCCUAAUCAAUACUUGCUCGUCAAGGCGGGACAAACAGUGUCAUCCACUUUCGAUGUUUCUGAUGCGUACGACAUGACCAAGACUGGAUUAUACUCCAUAGCAGUCGACACUUACUUAGAAUAUGUAAAGGGUAGUGUAACUAAAAAGCCAGUGAGCUGGACUAAGAUAGAACAUUUAUCGUCCCCUGUAGUAAGUUAUGAAAUAGAUAAAAUGAAUUUUAUCAAGGGAACCUAGGGUCAAAGGGCGCGCACUGAAGAAAGCGUGACCAAGGAUGCUUUGGAAGACCAUAUUUUUUACGUCAAAAGAGGUCAGGACCUGAAGGCAUCUCUUAAAUAUAAAAUAAAGGGAGGGUCCCCUGACGUGAAAAGGGAAACAGAACUUGCUAUUGUAGCUGUGUACAAUUACGUUCAGUCAGCCAGUCAAGACCUUGAGAAUAAUCCCCCAAGAACUAAAACUUGGUUUGGAUCUUCUCCCACUAACAAACCCAAGUGGGUUUUUGAUAAAAUGGAACGAGUAUUAUCAAAGGAUAGAUUUGCUUACAUUAUUGGCGGAAGAGAGUGCGAUGAAGAUACCUACGCUUAUACAACAUUUGGAGCACGACGAAUGUUCCUUUGCAACUUGUACAGCAUCGCCGACCCACUGAUUGGGUAUGACACAAAAUUGGGAAUCAUAAUUCAUGAGUUAAGCCAUGCAGUGGCUCGUAGGGACGAUAUAGUAUACGGCCAAUAUAAUUGUAAACAGCUCGCUAUAAAAGAUCCAAAAGCCGCUCGGAAUAAUGCUGACAAUUACGAAUAUUUUGUGGAAAGUGGAACAAUUUCGAGUCUAUAA